AUGACAGAGGAAGAUAUGACAACCUCUGACUCAGCAUGCGAUACUGGCAAGAUGUCAGAAUGUGAGGAAUUCGAGGAUGGCACACCCAGUCCUAUGCCGAUACCUACGCUGAAUUCUAACGGCAUGGUGACCAUGGCAGCAGCAGAUCUCAUUGCACUCUGCGAGCGACUGAUAUCAGCACGCGCGCUGCCACCUCCUCCAUCUCCUCCACCUCCUCCACCAUCUCCACCUCCUCCGAACUCUAUACCAGAAGAAGAUCCGAACAUGCUGGCUCGCGAAUACCAGAAGGAAGCGCAGGCCUCAUUGAACACAAAGUCCGUCACCAUGUUUGAUGGCAUCAACUAUCAGAUGUGGAAGAUGGCGUUCUUAUUGAAUGCAGAAGUGAUCAGUGGUGCAGAUAUUCUUAAUAAAAACCAACAGAAAUCAUCUGAAGGUUCUGUCUGUUUGACCGUGGGAUUCAUUCAACCCGACAACGCGGCGGCCCUAUGGAACAAAAAUUUACUCACUUGCAUGUCAAGGACAGUGAUUAUCUGA